AUGCACUUCAUUCUGGGGUUCAAUGCGCUCUGCGCAUCCCAUCUUGGGCUAGUGCUAUUUCUUGUCAGCUUUUGUGUGACUAACGAUUUGAAGUUUUCUGCUUUCGUUGUAUCUCGCACCAUUUACAAUGUUUACUUCCAUCCUCUAAGCCGCUAUCCUGGACCUCGACUCUGGGCAGCUUCUCGACUGCCGUGGAACACUGUCAACCUUCAAGGCAACCUCGCCUGGAAAAUCCGUGAGCUCCACGAAAAGUAUGGACCAGUUGUCAGAAUUGCACCUGAUGAGUUAUCCUAUACGAGCUCUACGGCCUGGAAGAAGAUCUAUGGUCAGAGAUCACCGGAGUUUCCGAAAUGUUUUGACGGACGGGGGAUCGCUGGACCUAGUGUAACUAACCCAGCGGUUCGGAAUGGCGGCAUCGUGACAGCCGACCAGGGACCCCACUCUCGACUCCGAAAGGCAGUCUUGCCGGCCUUCAGCGACCGGGCACUGAGAGAGCAGGAAGACAUCCUUCAGCUUUAUGCCGAGAAAUUGAUGAAACAGCUGCGAUCCUCCAGCAAAACCGGAGCUCCCCAGGACAUGGUCAAAUGGUUUAGUCUUGCUGCCUUUGACAUCAUUAGUGACCUGGCGUUUGGCCAGGCGGCUGGAUGCCUAGACGACGCAUCUCAACCUUGGUUGCAAGUCAUUGGUGCUCGAGCGCAAGGAAUUGUUCGAUAUCAAUUUGCCAUAUAUUAUGGGCUUGAGGCCUGGUUAGAGUGGCUCGCCCCGAAGGCCCAGAAACUGGCACUCAAGAGACAUGGCGAGUUGACUGCAGGGAAGGUCAAACGCCGACUCCAAGAAACCGAUAGCAAAAAGGAUUUCAUGAGCUACAUCUUGGAAAAUCCGCAAGCCGACCUCAGCAAUGCCGAUUUGGUCAGGAUGGCGUCUGCUUUCAUGGUAGCAGGCAGCGGCACUACGGCUACUGCACUUUCUGGCAUCACCUUCUACUUGUGCAGCAACCUGAAGACGUACAUCGCGCUAUCGGAAGAGAUCAGAACUGCAUUUCAGACCGAAGAUGACAUAUCAAUGGCAUCGACAGGGGAGUUGAAGUAUCUCAAGGCAGUCAUCGAAGAAGGGCUGAGGAUGUAUCCCCCAAGCCCGAGUACUCUGCCAAGAUUUGUGCCUGGGGUGGGUGAAGAAAUUGAUGGGAGAUGGGUGCCUGGAGGCACGGCGGUCGGCGUUCAUCAGCUUUCCGCUGGUCAGUCGGAGCAAAAUUGGACUGACCCUAGGAAUUUCAUCCCAGAACGUUGGUUAGACAACAGCAAUGACUUUUCUUUUGCCAAUGACGAUAAGUCUGCAAGUCAGCCUUUUUCUUAUGGCCCUAGGAACUGUAUAGGCAAGAGGUAG